UUUCGUCUUUCCACCUCCAUAUCAUCGAUUACCGCCAUAUUGAAUGAUAUACACAGUUAAUGACCCUUCACUCUACUCUACGCACUAACCCAACUUGUUGAUCGAAAACCCUAAUCGUUCAUUGAAAUCUUGCAUUUGAUCAUCAACCGCAAUCGUAAGUUUGAAUUCACGAGGGAGGUCCAAAUGUGGGAAAUCAGGCCAAGAAAUCAGUGUUUUGAUGCAAUCCGAAUUUACGAAGGAUAUCCCACGAUGUUCACUAUUGAGCUCCAUCAUGGAGGGAGGUUCACAAAAUUCCCAGGGAUAAGCUACAUUGAAGGAAAAUUAGACCACAUUGACUUGGUAGACAUGGAUGAGUUCUCUGUGCAUGAGUUGGACGAGGUGAUGCUGAAGCUUGGUUAUGAUGUACCACCAGUCAUUUACUACCACUAUCAAUUGCCAAAUGGAGAUUUGGAGUUUGGUCUUAGAGCUCUAGGGAAUGAUAUUGAUGUACUUAGUCUUGCACAGUACAUUGAACAUCAUAAGAUCAUCAAGGUAUACACUGAACAUAAUGAAACUAAGUUACUUACAUACUUUAUGUCUCCAAGAGUUAAACCUAGGGUCAUAAUUGAGGAAAUAGCAGAUGAUGUGCCCACUGCAACUGUUGGUGAUCAAGAUGUCCCAAAUCUUGAAUUGUGUUUAGUAAGAUAUGAGACACCCGAAUACAAUUCAAAUAAGAGAUUGAGGUUAGUUGAUGGGAGUCAAUCAUGUAGUAAGAAAUUGUGUUUCAACUUGGAACACACUGCAACUGUUGGUGAUCAAGAUGCACAUGUUGAAAUUGGUAAUGAAGGUGCAAAUAUUAGUGAGCAAGGUGCAACUGUUAGUGGUCAAGAUACACAUGUUGAAAUUGGUAAUGAAGGAGCAAAUGUUAGUGAUCAAGGUGCAACUGUUGGUAAUCAAGAUACAGAAGUUCAUGAUCAAGGUGCAAAUGUUGGUGACCAAGAAGUAAAUACAAGAGAGUUUGAUACCUUUGAUGACCAACCAUUUCAAUUUGAAGACUUUGAUCCUUUCUUUGAUCAAUAUACUUUUAAUGAUGGUAAUGAUCAGAGUAUGGGUGUUGGUGCAGAACUUGGCACAGGACUAGGGGAAGUUCAAUUUGAAAGUGAGGGAGUUUGUGAAGGACUUGGUGAAGGAGGUAGUGAAGGGGGUAGUGAAGGGAGUGAGGAAGACAGUGAUUUUCUUGAAGAUGAAGAAAACUAUGUAAGUGAUAUUGAGGUGGACAUGAGUGAUUUCUAUAUGAAUGUUGAUCUAGAUGUUGAAUAUGUUGACAGAGGAAAAGGUGAACCUGAAAAACUUACCAGAAAGUUUGUUAGUGUUAGGUGUGGGAAAUGCAACAAUAGGGGUCAUAACUCAAGGACGUGCAAGGGUCAAGGUGGGAAUGCAGGAAGAAAUGAAGGAGGGAAUGCAGGAAGCAGUCAAGGAGGGAAUGCAUGA